AUGAAAGUCUUUCAAUACAACUCGUCGAACUGCAUUGGUGUAACUCCUGUUUUCGUUGAGAACAAUGACAUAAUGCGAAGUACAGCUACUGCUGUGGCUGUAAUUGCAUUAUUUGCUUCAAUCUUCACCGUCACACUAAAUGCCCUGGUUCUAUUCGUCUUUUAUCGCUUAAAGCAGUUGCAGACGCCUUCCAGUAUCCUUAUCGUUAACAUGUGCAUUGCAGACUUUCUCACUGGCUGCAUUUCAGAACCUUUAUUUCUCUCGGCACGGCUUCUCGAGCUCUAUGACACUGACAAGUGCUCUGUAAAACAGGCCGGGCUGUUCUUCGGCUAUCUCUUUAGUGGAAUUUCGUUUAUUACCCUGUGCUUUAUAAGUAUCGAACGGUGGUACGCGGUUUCUGUACCUUUCAAAUACGAGUCUAGAUUCACUUACAGGAACUGCAUUAUUAUGGUCUUGGUUGCUUACAUGGUUUCAAUUGUUUUAACUAGCCUUCGCUUAGCUGAGACUUUUCCACCAAAGAUUUUCUACCAGUUAUUCGCUUUUUUUCUGGUAUCGUUAACUAUAAUAUCUUCUUUAUGUUACGUAAAGAUUUACAAGAUAGCAAAAGAUCACGAAAGAAGAAUACACUCUCUGAAAUUUAUUUGUUACGAAAAUAACAGUGGAGCAAAGAAGAAAUGCACGGGGCUAAAAUUCUCUUCGGAGGGACUUCGUCGCAAGUUGAACUUGAGCACUAGAGCAUCAGUGGUAAAGGAAAGUCGCAAAUCCAAAAUAGUUAUAAUAAUAGUUUUUUUGCUUGUUGCUAGCUAUUCUCCAAAGAUAAUGAUUAUGCUUGAUGCAUUUGUCGUUUAUAAUGACUCGAAGGUAUCAUACGUCGCUCUAAAAUGGGCAGAGGUAAUAUUUUUUCUAAGCAGCUGUUUUAACCCUGUCCUUUAUUGUCUGAGAAUAUCCUGUGUAAAGGAAGAAAUAUCGAGGCUAUGCAACAACUGGACGUCACGUUUGCGUGGUCGCUGCCAAAGAGUUCGAAGUUGGCGAUGACGCUGCCGUCAUGGGCUAUCAUGAACUUUUUUUGAAGACGAUGAACUUUUUAUCCUGAAGUCAGUAAACCCGUAUUAAUGUUUUGUUUUGACUGUUCACCUGAAGUAUUUGUAAGUGCGAUUAAUGUUACCGGUGGUAACGGAAAAAUCAGUAUUGCACUCAAAUUUAAAAUAACAUGAAGCGAGUAAUUAGAAAGGCACUCUAAUAAGAGUUGGCUAAUUAGUGUUUUAGAAAUAUUUAUUUCAAUUGUUGGAGGUAUACAUAUCUAAUGUUAGAUGCAGUAUAGUUUUCACCGGGGCAUGUCAAAGCUUAACUAUCUCGAAUCAGGCCUGCAGCAAAAAUGGUUGAUUAAUGACAACAGGUUUUAGUUAAGGUUACAACCAGCAGCUCAGACAGUUGAAAAAAAGUUUUCAUCUCUGCUAGUGUUAAAGAGCUCGCUCAUUCUGUGAUAAUGGCUUAACCUCUCCAAUUUUAGAAUUUGCAUGUCUUCCUGCUGCUGUUGUAUUGGCCGCAAAGGCCGCUUUCUUCUUUCUUCAAGAAUACGGAGAAACAAUUAAGUUGCGGUCACAGUAAAUGUCCAACCGACAGGAACGUCAUUUCGAGAAAGAGACAAGUUUGAAACAGAAGGUAAUUGAGAUAUAGGGCUGACUGUUAUUCCAAAUAUUAAUCAAUGAAUAUUUAAUCGAAAUUGAAUUUAAAGUAGGACGAUAAAAUACAUAAGAUAGUGGAAUAUUGAAAUCUUAAUACAUUUGGGUAUUUUCGUGUAAAUUUAUGCAAUUUGCUAUAUAUAAUUGACAUCGAAUUUUGCUGUAAAA